AGCGUCCCCUGAUGCCGGGCUGGGGCGGUUUGCGGCGGGCCCUCUCCUCGGUCCUCUCCUCCGGUAAUGGGGCGGCCUCCGGCGGGAGGCCUCGGAGGCGGGUGUGGGAGACGUCGCUGUCGCCGCUGGAGCGGGUGAGGCGGCUGCUGCCGCCGGAGGAAGGGGCGGAACUGGAGCGCUGCGUGGCGGCCCCUCCAGCUGCCCCUGAGGAGGCGGGAGCGGCCGAGCCUCGGGCGCUUCCCGAGGCGGCGGGAGCGCGGCCCGGUUCUUUCCGCCCCGGGGAGCUGGCACUGGCGGAGAUGCGGAGGAAGAACAACAGAACUCUGAAGCUGUUAUGUCGUCUGGCAGAGGGGUCGGUGUUGGCCAGCCCUGGCGGCGUCCUGCCUCACCGCGACAUCAUCGGGCAGCUGCCCGGGCAGAUGCUGUGCACGUCGGCCGGGGCGCGGCUGCUGCUGAGGCGGCCUUCGCUUGAGGAGUACGUCCUGCUGAUGCCGCGGGGGCCCGCCAUCGCCUACCCCAAGGAUAUCAGCGCUAUGUUAAUGAUGAUGGAUGUCCACCCAGGAGACACAGUUUUGGAAACUGGCAGCGGGUCCGGCGCUAUGAGCUUGUUUUUGUCAAGAGCAGUUGGGCCCAAAGGACGUGUUCUAAGUUACGAAAUCAGAGAUGAUCAUCAUAGUUUAGCUAAGAAGAAUUACAGGCACUGGCGUGCUGCAUGGAAAAUAGGACGUAUGGAAGAGUGGCCAGAUAAUGUGGAUUUCAUUCUUAAAGACAUUUCAACAGCUGCUGCAGAUAUGGAAUCUUUAACACUGGACGCAGUAGUUCUGGAUAUGCUUAACCCUCAGUCUGCUCUACCUGUCGUAUACCAAAGUCUGAAACAGGGCGGUGUGUGUGCAGUGUAUUUAGCAAACAUCACACAGGUUAUUCACCUUUUAGACAGAAUACGGACCUGCAAGCUCCCUUUUUCGUGUGAAAGGAUCAUGGAGGUAACACACAGAAAUUGGUUGGUACUCCCUGCUAAAAUCAAGAAUUUCAAAUCGAACCAAAUGUUGGAAACUGAAGAAAAUAUUGAAGAAGCACCCCACAAGGAAAAUGAAGAAAGGUACAAUCAGGAUGAAGUAGUUCUUAAGGAAAGUGAAUACAAUGAAUCACUUUCUAACUGUGCUGAAGUCUGCAGCUCAGUGCCUUACGUUGCUAAACCAUCUUAUUGGCAGGAAGGUCAUUCAGCAUUCCUUACCAAGCUGAGAAAGUUUGGACCACUUCUUUCUUGAGGUUGCGAAGAAGUUAGCGGCUAAUGUGAGCAUUGUAUCAGAAUAAAAUAAAAUGUUAUAAAGUAGA